GGUUAGCAUUGGAUAGCAUUGACUGCACUUCACAUUCACUGGCAUUAAAGGCUACCAAAAAGUCAAACAAACCAUCGAUUGUGUGGUGUCUUUGGCACAACACCUGAUCCCACUGUCCAUCACAAGCAUCUCAUCAACUCAUUCACCGGUCAUUAUGUCGCUGUCAUUGCCGGUGACAUAACGUCUUCGGCCACCGAUUGUGUGGAUCCACUCAUCCAUCGAUUUGUGGUUUUGUUUUUGUUAUGAGUUUUGAGUUUUUCGAUGAAUUAUUCAAUACGUAAACAAAGCACUGGUUUCGGUGACAACCUCUCGAUGACCGCCGAUGACCACCACUUCAUGUCCACUACGGAUGGUAUGACACCAAUCAUCGCACACCACAGGACUACACGUCUUGUGUGAGAAGUGAUUGUCUUCUGUGAUAACGACAAGUCUUAAGACUUUGAUUACCAAUAAAACAAACUUUGAUUAAGAAGUAGUGAAUCGGUUGCCAUCGACAGCGAGACACCGAUAUAUAUGUGAGACAAGUGUUGUGUGCAUUAUCUGUGAGCUAACCGUCGAAGAAGUCGCUAUCAACGCAACAAAACACACACAACGAUGGAUACGCUGAAGAACGUGAACGUGGAUGAGAUAAUCGACGGUCUGGUGGACAAGCGGGAGGACCUGAUGUCGAUGAUGUUCAACUCGACCCUAUUGUACGACAACUACAACAUCUCGGUCUUUGCCAAAUGGCUGCACUCGUUGCCACACAUUGACAUCCGUCUCAAUUACCUGAAGAACACGACAUUCAACCCGAACGACAACCAGUACUUGGAGUCGUUGGGCAUUCUGGUGGCCAUACCUGGCUUUUGGCUGAUCCUAACGCUCCUAUUCUUCCUCAUCUUCUUCCUGUGCCGGUGUUGUGACGCCCAGAACAAGAAGAAGCGCAAACUGACGGCCUGUAAGUGCUGUCUAUUCCUGUUCGCCGUGGUAUCAGCUCUGGUGAUACUCGUGGGCGCGUUCGGCAGUCUUGUGGCACAUCAGGGCAUACAAGAGGUAUAUAACAAGACGGAAGACAUGUCCCGAGCGUUGCGUACCAUACAGAACGACACGCAAGUGAUCACUGGACUCCUGAAGAAUAACUGCGACAAGAACUACGACGACUUGAAGCAACUGUUUGACAGCAAACUCGUGGACGACAUGAGCGUCAAGACGCGGGUGCAGACGAUUGUGGUGAGCGGUAAGCGGAAUGUGUCGAAAGCCGAGCGACUGCUGGACGAGGUUGGCGUCAGUCUCGAGAAGCUGAACAUCACGGCAACGCCCGACCACUUGCGCCAACUGGAGGCCGUCCGAUGGCCGACCACUUUCGCGGUGUUGGGCUCACUGGCGGUGAUCUGUUUGAUACUCAUUUGGGGAAUACUCCGGCACUCGCGAUGCCUACUCAUACUGUUCUCGGUUCUGGGAUUGCUAUCUCUUGUGGUCUGUUGGGUCAUCACAUCCGUGUAUUUGGGAAUAUCGGUGGCCGGCAGUGACUUCUGCAUCGAUCCGCAGCCCUUCAUCAGCCAACAGCUCAACAACGCCAUCGAGGAGAAGGUCUUCGACUAUUACGUCACCUGCAAUACGAAGAGUCCGUUCCAGAGGAAUAUCGAUGAGACGCAAGCGAUCCUCGAGUGGAUCAACCGCCACAACAACGAGUUGACGCGAUUGUGUCGCACGAAAUGCAACCACAAAGACAUUACGGACGAGAUUAAGGCGAUGGGCGCCGACUUCGCCACCAUUCGCGAGCGGUUCGACGCGUUGGUCGAGCUGUUGGACUGCCGGCGCUUCAACGACGACUACAUUAAGAUGAUGACCGCCUCGUGUAAGGAGGUGUUGGAGGGGGUGGUGCUGAUGCUGCUGUCCUCGUCGUGCGCCGGACUCUGUUUCACGCUAUUAGUGUUGUGCGCUUCGCACACGUGGAUCAAUAUCCGCAAAAAGAGGCCAUUGAGUGACAACCAGACCGAGGAGACGGACCCAUUCCUACCGCCCGCUUCCUCCACGUCGACCACAUCGUCGGCCAAUUCCAAGCGCAUCCGCGACUCGUACGGCAGCGCCAGUAGUGGGAGACCCAGGUUCAGUCACACACCGCCCCAAACGCCGCACUUCCCGCCGCCCACAGCGACCCCACCCGCCAACGGACGCUCGUUAGGCCGAGACGAUCAGCUGUCGUUCUUAGGGGCGCCCCCACCCGCCUACGAACAGGUCCACCACAACCAGCUGACCGGUCACCAGCAGUUGGCGCACCAUCAGCAGCAACAGCACCAGCAGUUAGGGGGACACCCGGGGCAUCCCGGCCACCCGGGACACCCGCAGAUGAUCCAGAGCCAAUUCGGUGGCCACGGGGGUCCGCCACACCAGCACAGCCACCAGGCCAUCGGCCCUCACUAUGUUGUGAGUAGUAUUCGCAGAUAA